AGUGUGAGCCGGCGGGCGAGGCGGCGUACGGAGAGGCACCGGGGAGGAGGAGGAGGAGGAGAAGGAGAAGGAGGGCGACGCCAUCGCCAUGGACAAUCAGUGCACCGUGCAGGUUAAAUUGGAACUAGGCCACCGUGCCCAGCUUCGGAAAAAGCCCACCACUGAAGGAUUCACCCAUGACUGGAUGGUGUUUGUCAGAGGACCAGAACAAAGCGACAUUCAGCACUUUGUGGAAAGAGUGGUUUUUCGGUUGCAUGAGAGUUUUCCAAAACCCAAACGAGUUUGCAAGGAACCACCUUAUAAAGUGGAGGAGUCUGGCUACGCUGGAUUUAUUAUGCCAAUUGAUGUCUACUUCAAGAACAAGGAAGAGCCCAAAAAGGUUUUCUUCACAUAUGAUUUGUUUCUAAAUCUGGAAGGGAAUCCACCUGUGAAUCAUCUACGUUGUGAGAAACUCACCUUUAACAACCCAACCAAGGAAUUUCGACGCAAGCUUUUGAAAGCAGGAGGGGUUAUGGUAAUGCCUGAAGGAACUGACACAACCUCCAGACCAAGUCCAGACUAUCCCAUGCUGCCCACAAUUCCUCUCUCUGCAUUCUCUGAUCCAAAGAAAAGCAAACCAUCUCAUGGGUCAAAGGACACAAACCGAGAAAGCAGCAAGUCCUCAAAACCUCACAAAGUCACGAAAGAGCACAGAGAGCGACCUGUAAAAGAUACUGAGAACAAGCCAACUGUAAAAGAACCAGAAAAGGAACAUAAUAAAUCAUCCAAGGAGUCAUCACGAAAAUCGGCAGAGAGCAAGACUUCAAAGGAAGAAAAGGCUACUCCAAGGGCAACUUCUAAAGAACCAAAACCUGCCUUCAAGGAGUCUAAACUAGAUAGCAUGUCGCCCAAGGGCGGAGGUAACCUCCAUCAGGAAUCAAAGCCCAGUAUUAAGAGGCCCUCUAACACAGAUUCACUGAAAGUCAAUGCCAAAAAACAAAAGAAAAGCACUUCUGAGUCAUCGAAAAGCUUCCCAAGUGUCUCGCCAAGAAUUUCUUCUUCUUCUUCUUCGUAUGCUGACAAAAAGAAGUUGAACGAAAAAGAAAAGGAAAAAGUGAACGUUAAAGCAGAGAAGGUUAAACCUGAAAGUAAUGUGAAAGAGGUGAAAAAGGCUGUUGAUUCAGAUGACUGUAAUUCAGAAGAUGAAGUGGUGUCCAAAUCUGAGUCUGUACGGACUAGUCAGUCCAACUCAAGCUCAAGUUCAGAUUCAAGCUCAGAUUCCGAUUUUGCACCAUCUCAAAACCACAGACAAGGGCCCCUGCGGUCUAUGGUAGAGGAAAUCCAAUCCGAAGGCUCUGAUGAUGACAGCAGCUCCGAGGAGGAAAGGCCUGUAAAAAACAUCGCAGUUAGCAGAGAUCACAGAUUGAGUUUAAGUGACGACAGUGGAAGUGAAAGUAGCGAGAACUCCAAUGUCAACACCCUGGACCAGCCUCAAAAACACAUAGCUGCUAAUAACAAGACAUCUGGCAGAAAAAGUCCUGAAAACUGUGAAAAACCUGAAAAGCUUUUUAAAAAAGGAUUGCAAGACAAGUCAUAUACAGAAGAGUUGGUAGAUCUGCACCGCAGGUUGAUGGCAUUACGAGAACGCAAUGUGUUACAACAGAUAGUAAACCUGAUUGAAGAAACAGGACAUUUCAAUGUCACAAACACAACCUUUGACUUUGACCUUUUCUCACUGGAUGAAACCACCGUCCGUAAGCUACAGAGUUACUUAGAGGCUACAGCCACAUGACAAGACUUGGGCUUUCAAUGCAGACUGUAGUAUUUUUAAAUAAAACUAAGACAUUGGACUUCAAACCCUGUAUGAUGGAAGGCGCAACCUAGGAGAUGAGUGGCAAUGUUACUGAAUAUUGAAUACUUUGUCUCAAAACUGAGGCCCAACUUAAAACCAUCACUGCGUGGGAUUAAGAAAGUCAUUGUCAAAACGUAAAUUUUCUCACCAUUUAUCAAUGCCCUGAAAGCAUAGCUAUUCUACUAGGUCAGGAGCAAAGAAAAAGGAAGAAUAGUGAGUGACUUUCUCCUCCAAGAGGUGCUCACCUCUACGUCCUACCAGAGGAACAAGAAAGAAGUGUUUUUAAAGAAAUAUUUGAUGGGACUUUUGUUUUAGUUUUUAGUGAACGUGUGAAAUUUUACCUGAAGACAAUAGAAUUAAUGUAUAUAUUCUGCAAGAACAAAUGAGCUACAUCCCUGAUGUGAACCGAAGAAUUCUGUGGUUUCUAAUAAAAUGCCAAAUGAUACAAUUUUACUGUGGAAAUAAAAUUCUGUAAAGUGCUAGGCACAUUACUGAACUUGGUUUCACUAAUGUGGUCUCAGAAUCCAGUACAGAUCUAUUGCAUUGUAUAUUAUCUAAAGAAUAUAUAUUUUUGAACCCUUUGAGUACUGACUAUCCUUUCCCACUUCCAUAAUAUGUGCACAUUUUUAACACAUUUAUUUUAAAUAAUAUCUAAUUAAGCAAUUUUUAAAACUUGCUACACAGAAAGGCACCAAAAUUCAAAGAAUUUUACAACGCAAGAGACCACUUGUCCUACCCUUCCUAGACCUAGCCUGUGAAGACAUUUCAUUCAUCUGCUGUUAAACCAUACCAUCCUUUUUCCUUUAGGUUACAGGUCUAUUUCCCUGCCACAAUUUGCUAAUUCUUAUUUACCUAACAUUUGUCAACAAGCUGAUGUGGAAUCUUAUUGUUGUCUUUUGCUGAUCCAUAAACACUCCAUCUGCAUUUUGUUUCACUAUAAUUUUUCCUCUAAAGAACUGUUACUCAUGCAUUUACUUUUGCAUAUACCAAGUGAGGUGAUUGGUAAAUCUGUCAUAGUAGAAUGUUGCAAAGAGAUAUCAAUAAAAGUGCAAAUUUAGAGUUCAAUGUGGGAACGUUUGACGUCAUCCAUUUUGAACCUAAGAAUUCUCUAAAUGUUGUGAAUCCGUGACUGAUGGAUGUAAAGGGAUCGCAAUAUCAAAAAUCUUUACAAGCUAAGGGACAAGUAUAUCGUCAGAAGUAGGUUCCAUGGUAUUAUUUCAAAUCGUGUCAGUAUUGCUAUAGAUAAAGCAUAGCAGUAGCUCCAGAAUUUCUGGAGCUGGACAGGGCAUACUGCAUUUACAAAGGGGUUUCAAUUCUUUUCAGCAAUGUUCUGAAAUUCUAAUCCAAAGCCUUACACAGUGGGAAUAAUCAGGCUAACAUCUCCAGACAAGUCAUACCUUUAUACUGAAAAAGGACGUUAGCACAUCUUGCACCAUUUGGUAUCUCGUGUUAGCCCUUUUGAAGCCUGAGUAAAUGCUACAUUACCCAAAUCAGAGGCUGCGGUGAAAACGAAAUAUCAUUUGGGCUUUUGAAUGGCCUUGCCUUUGAAGGGCAGACUGGUUAUAGGGAUGAUGGGGUUGGUGGGGAGGGUAGUGCAAUAAGAUUACUGCUCAUAUUUUUUGUAUCUAGGCUGGCAAGAGUCACAGAAAUUCCAGGCCAUUAUUCCAGUGCACUGGAUGGAUGUGAGGCUGAAGGUUAUGUCCUGUACUGAAAUCAUCAGAUUUCCUCUUGUAUUGAAGCUGAAUCCUCUCUUGGGAUCUGGUAAGAUAAUGGAGUUGUAAGCACUGGGUCCUUUCAGAGACAGAUCAAAGCACUACUUUGUUGUUUUUGUUGGGAUUGCUGCAAUUACAUUGGAAACUUUUAUAAUCUGUUGUUACAUGUACCUGUACUGAGGCUAUUGAUACUAUUUUCCCUGUACU